ACUGAGUUUUCAUUUUGAUUUGAUGAAGGUGAGUCUUAACAAACAUUUAUGGUUUGAAUUGUAUUAAAGCCUGGACAGAAAAAAACAAACCUAAUUAGCACUGCUCAUUGAAGCACACAUUUCAAGGCAACUUAUAAGGAAGUUUUUUUUGGAAAGGCUCACUAAGAGUAUAAAUAGCAAAUUUUGACAAUUGUCAGGCACAGUUCAGCAGCAACUGCCUCAAGAAAUCAUUUGAAAUCAUCCAAAGCACAACCAACCGUGAAACAUGAAGGUCUUCAUCGCCCUGUUCGUCGCCACCCUGGCCGUUGCCGCCCAGGCAGGAUACAUCCAAAGCAGCUGGCCAGCUAGCACCUACGGUCUCAACUCUUGGAACGGUCUGAAUGCCUGGAACGGCCUGGGCUCCUGGGACGGUCUGAGCUCGUGGAACAACUGGAACGACCACGGAAUCUCUGCCUACCCGUACGGAUACAACAAGUGGUUCACGGCGGCUUGGCCAGCGGCUUCUCUGUACAACGGCUACAACGGAUGGUACGGAUGGUACGGAGCCACCGGUAAGACCGUUGUCCAGGCCAACGUUGCCAAGGUCAACCCCUGGGGACUUCCGCUGACCUCGUACGGCUACGGAUACAACAACUACCUGGGAGCGGUUUCAGCGGCCAAGUACGUCUCCGCCAACCCCGGCUCGGUUCAUGUUGCUCCGCUGGUCGGACACGCCGUCAACCAGAAGCUGAUCGUUGCAGGACAUGGAUAUUAAUUUUGAAAAUAAAAGCUGGAAUUUUCGAUCUUA